CUCAAGGUGAUUCUUCCGAAGACAUGCGUUUCAGUAUUCAUCCCCUACCGGGCGAUACAGGAUUUUCCCAAUGGGUAAGCGCGAUGAAGAUGGUCGCCCAGUUACCUGGAGGUAUUCCUCCAGAAUUCCGAAGAAGGCUGUGGUUACAAUUAGCUGACAGACAUCUGCUAGCUAAAGGCGUGGACUGGCCGAAGGUGGAACGGACUUGCUUCAGCGAAUGGUCCCAUCCGGCAGAUGCAGAACUCGGAGUGCAAAUCGUUAAGGACUUGCACAGGACCGGCUGCAGUUUGUUCUGCGGUGAAGAUGGGCAGGAGAAUCAAGUGUUGCUUAAAAGGGUGCUACUAGCGUACGCUAGGUGGAACAAGGCUGUAGGUUACUGCCAAGGAUUCAACAUGUUAGCAGCUCUGAUCCUCCAAGUUACCGAUAAAUGUGAGAGUGAUGCCUUAAAAUUGAUGAUAUAUCUCAUAGAAGGAGUGCUUCCGGACUCCUAUUUCGCGGACAGUCUGAGAGAUUUAUCAGUAGACAUGGCAGUAUUUAGAGAACUGUUGAGGACGCGAUUUCCACGACUAUCCAAACACUUAGACAAUCUUCAAAACGCUGCUAAGGACGGGAGCCGCAGCUACGAGCCGCCUCUCACGAAUGUGUUUACCAUGCAAUGGUUCCUCACACUGUUUUGUAAUUGCUUGCCCCAACCCACAGUUCUUCGAGUCUGGGACCUAAUCCUUCUGGAAGGAAACGAAGUACUACUGCGAACAGCUUUGGCAAUAUGGCAGGUCCUGGCCGAAAGAAUCCUCAGUGUUAGAAGUGCCGACGAAUUUUAUUGUAUGAUGGGGGUGCUAACCAGGGAGCUAUUAGAAUCCGAGCUCGUAGAUGGAAACGUCUUAAUAAAGGCAGUUGUCGCCAUCGGACCUCUAACGGAACUAGCAACACUCAGGGAACACUAUAUGUACAACAUAAACCCGUGGGGAACCAAUCUACCCCAAGUUGUUGAUAAGCAAUUAAAGCUGUAUCCGAAACAGAGUAUUGCCUUAGAUAUCAGCGGUCUAAAACAGCAAUAUGCUAAGUUAAAACAGAGACAAAGACAGGCACAUAUUAUAUUCAGUGCAGCUAUAUCCAGGCAGCCUCCUGCUGCACCUCCCGUAACCAUGAACCAUUUAUUACUAGGUAAAAGUGCUUUGAUCCCUGCGAAGAGGAUAGGCCCGCCAAAAGGUGCCAUUCCUCCAGCUAGGCAAGUAGCGCCUAGUACUUUACAUUGGAAGGACGCCCCCAAACAAAGCUCCAGCUCUAGUUCGAGCGAUACAGAGUUGUGUGAUGAAGGCGGAGAUACUUCCGAUGAAGAAGAAGAAAAAGGUCAAUUCGAUAACCUACCUAAUGAUAGUGAUACCAAUCUUAUGAAAAAUGACAAUAUAAGUGCCACUGUAGACGUAGGAACACACAGUUCACCUUCUAAACCUAACCCCAUUCCGACUGACACGUUAGCCGUUGACGAUAACUUAAUUAUGUUUAAAUCUGAGUCUGAUGAGGAAAGUUUUGAUUUCGAGCAAUUUCUAAACGAUCGCCUUAAAGUAAAUGACGUAACGGAAGAAAAAGUAGAUUACGCGAGACGAAACAGCGAAAGAGCACUACAAAUAAUCCAGGAAAACUCCUUGAUACUCCAUAGGAUAUUACAGUGUCAGUCUAGAUCGUCGCCCUCGCCUCCGCUUUUGGAAACAAUGGAAAUGACAAUGGAGCAAGACUUAGCAACAUCUUUACAUAACAGCGAUUCAUUCAUUGAAAGCAGUGCAGUAACGGGAGUUGAUAAGCCAUUUGAUAGCGAUGCAAUGCAAAAACAGAUCGAUAUUGAAUAUAACAGUCCAGUAAAACAACCGGAGGAACUAAAAUCUCCUGAAUAUGGGUCAAAGUAUACGAGUAUACUCGAAAAAAGUAAAAGUUUGGACGAAAAAUAUAAUGAGUUAAUAUUGAAGAAACCGGUAUCCAAAACCUUUGAGCAACUUAGUACAAAUGUCCCCACUGAUGCUAAUAAAAUCGAGUCCAUAACACAAUCAAAAUCACCAGUUUUUACUAUCAAUGAAGAAACUGCGAACCAGACAAGUGCUGAUCAACCAAAUGUAUUUACCUUUGAUGAUUUGGAUAUUGUUCCAGUACAAAAGUCUAACUGGAGAGAGGAACUUAGCUCUGUUCUUAACGCCAACAAACAAGCUUUAAAUAAAAAGUACGAUGAAGAUAGUAAUCAUAAAAACGAUGAGGAAGAUUUUAGUUUUCCUCCUGAAGAUAAAUAUAAUUUUAUUGAUUUUAAAACCGACGAGAGCGAUACAGAUUACACUACAAAAGAAUCUUCUAAUGUUGACAUCAUUCUAGACUCAAAAGAAAAACCAGAAUCGUAUUAUCCCUCUCCUAAUAAUGAAGGAUAUGAAUUUAAACUUCCAGAAUUAUCACCUAUGGAAGCAAAGCCGUUAGAAAUAGACUUUAAAAGUUAUUUACACAUUUCUAAUGACCAUGAAAAUGAUAAUAAUGGUGACUUUAAACCAUAUUUUAAUAGACAAAAAUCUGACAAUUUUCCAGAAGAUUCAGAUUCCGGUAUUUUAUCCGCCAGUAGGUGUUCUAGUGAUCCAGAUAAACUUCAUCAAGCGCUUAACCUUUCCGAAUAUAGGUUUGAUGCAAACCUGGUUGAUAACAACUCUUUGGCAUCGCAAAAUUUUGGACAAUCCUCCGAUUCUUUGACGAGUCCUAUAGGGCAGAAACCUUCCACCACUUGUUAUAGUUUCCUCACCACUGAUGAAGAAGGCAAAUCGUUAAAGACAUACCUAGAGGAUGCAAGUAUAUGUGAUAAUAACCCAAUUACCAAAUCAUUUAACGUAGAUUUAGUAUCAUGUUCUAGCUCAACUUUAAAAUCUCCUUUACCUCCUUUAUCUCCUUUAUCUCCUUUGAAAUCGCCCCUUAAAUCACCUUAUCGAUCUCCUAGUUCUCCUAACGCCACUUUUAACCCUUUUCCCGUUCCUCUAAGUUCGAGGCAGAACAAGGAGGUGCCGUUGAAACUUGGGCUGUACAAAAAGUAGCAAUUUUUCCUUCUUAAAUCUAGAUGAGUCCUAUUUCAUAUAUCAGUCUAGAAGUAAAAGUACCUUUGAUGAACUGUGUAUGGCAAUGCCAACUAUUAAAAUUUUUUGAAAAUAUAUACAGGGUGAUUGAUUAGUGGGGUAAAGCUCAAUAGAUCCGCUAUAGUAAUAGAUAGCAACAAAAGUUAAUAACAAAACUUGUAGCCAACUUUGAGCUUCCCAUUACAAAAUUAGUUAGAAUGUUACAGGGUGUUCGAUAACACAGCGGCGGACCAAACUUAUGUUUUUUUUUAAUGGAACACCCUAUAUUUUAUUUUAUUUUCGAAAUCCUGUUAACUUCUCCAUCAUAAAAAUAUAAAGGUAAAUGUUAUACAGGGUAUUUAAAAGUUAUAACCAAUUUUGUAUGAAAAUCGUCACAAGUUCAACUCCCUGUAUAAAUAAAAAUAAGCACAACAGCAAUGGUUUCUUAAUGCCGUAUUUUUUUCUUUAUUGUCAAAAUUUUAAAGAAUUACCGACAUUGCUAAUUUUCCUUAUAUCAAAUACAGGGUGAGUCAAAACGCAAGUACAUUAUUUUCUCAGUAAUGUUAAAUGGAACACCCUGUAUUUUAUAUCAUUAUUCAAAAGUAACAUUACCGUACUUUAAUUUUUAUAUAACAUUCCCUAUGUCCAAAUUUAUUAGUUUUCGAGAUAUUUUCAUUUUUCAGAGCAAAUUAUUUUAGGUGUCUAAAUUUAUCUAAAUUUUAAGUAAGCCAUGACUGAAUUGACAAUUGACGGUUACUGAUUAUCAAUCCGGUAAUAAAUGUAACAAUGUAGCCAAUAAAGAAAUAAAAAUAAUGUAUUAGUAAUACAUUUUACAAAAAAAAAACACAACCACAACAUGCAACAUUUUUGAAACAAUUAAAAACUACUUUUUAUGUAAAUGUAACAAAUAAAGAAAGAAAAUUACUAAUAAAUUUUACAAAAAACACACAAACACAAAAUACAAAAUUUUGUGAAGACAAUUAAACACUACUUUUGUAUUUAAAUGUAACAAUGUAACAAAUAAAGAACAAAAAAUAAUUUAUCAGUAAUAUAUUUUGCAAAAAAACAUUUUUGAAAAAAUUAGAAGCUACAUUUAACAAAAUAUUUUUAAUAUUUAAUUACAUAAGGUGUUCAAAAUUACCUCCUAACACAUUUAUGCAAGCCUAAAGACGAUCAUUGAAAGAGCUACUUACUUUACGAAGCAUUUGUAAAUUAACACAUCGAAAUAGACUUUGUAUUCUAUUUUUUAUCUCAUCCCUUGUUGUUGGAGGUAUUUUAUAAACUUCAUUAUUACCGUAACCCCAAAAAAAUUAGUCCAGUUUAUUAAAUUCUGGUGAUUUGAUUUGGGUGGCCAUGCUACUGGUCCAUUGAAAAAUGAAAAUAUCUCGAAAAGUAAUAAAU